UGUCUCUGGUCUCUUCAGUCAUGAUGCGCAGAAGAUCAGCGCACUGUGAAAAUAUAAUCAACCCAUAAAACGUCUCAUACAUUUCGGCAAAAUUGUGUAAAUAUUUCUCGAAUUUUGGGUUCUUUUUGUCUAAAUGAAAGCCUAAGCUCUUCUAGAAUGGCUACGAGACGGACUGGAAAGCUAAUUCAGCGAAGUAAGCCGGCAGAAAGCAGUCCAAACGACGUAGAUCCAGCGAUAGACAUACCUGAAAACGACGAGGAUGAAUCGGAGACGAAGGAAACACGGCUAACAUUAAUGGAAGAAAUCUUACUACUCGGUUUAAAAGACCGCGAGGGUUAUACAUCGUUUUGGAACGACUGCAUCUCGGCUGGUCUACGUGGCUGUAUUUUGAUUGAGCUUGGCAUUCGCGGCAGGAUCGAGUUGGAAAAGACCGGUAUGAGACGAAGAGGUUUGCUCAGUCGUAAAGUCAUUCACAAAAGCACUACGCCGACAGGAGACGUGCUCUUGGACGAAGCUUUGAAGCACAUAAAAGAAACACAACCCUUAGAUAAUGUACAAAAUUGGAUCGAGUUGCUUAGUGGUGAGACUUGGAAUCCCUUCAAGCUUGGUUUUCAGAUGCGAAAUGUUCGUGAAAGGAUUGCCAAGAACCUGGUCGAGAAAGGUGUACUCACAACGGAAAAGCAAAAUUAUGUCCUGUUUGAUAUGACCACCCAUCCUGUCGUAGAUGCCACCAUUAAGCAACGUGUUAUUCGCAAGGUUCAGGAUUCUGUCCUGAGCCGAUGGGUGAAUGAUCCUCAACGAUUUGACAAAAAGACACUAUCUCUUAUUUACCUGGCACAUUCCUCUGAUGUGUUGGAAAAUGCCUUCACAGCUCUUUCAGAUGAAGAUUACGAUGUGGCGAUGAAACACGUCAGGGAAUUGCUAGACCUUGACCCUGAAGUCGAAGGCCAAAAGCCGAACGCAAAUGAAGUUAUGUGGGCUGUCGUCUCAGCCUUCAUUAAAUAGGCUUGCUUAUUUGAAAUACCGUGGUAGAUAGCAAUUGUAUCCGGAACCGACUUAUUUUGAAAGCUCGUACCAAAUAACAAUGACGUUUUUAAACCUGGGGUCUAGGAAGGGGGUAAGGGUGAUUGCACAUAGGAGCAAUCAUCAUCUUUUGCAACAUUUCUUUAAUUUUUUUUUCAGAGGAGCAAAAGAAUUCACCGGCAACCCCUCAUAAAAUUGGUGGGGUACACCCCCACCUAUUUUUCCCCACGCCUCUGUUUUGAACAUCAAUGGAAAUCAUUGCUUUUCUUAGUAAUCAGACAUCAUCAAAUGAAACUUAGGUUAGAAAAACACUAAAUUGAGUUCACAUUAGGACGUAAAGAAAUUCCAAUGUAAUGGUAAUAUCAAAAUGCUAGAAAUAUUACAGAAUUUGUGAUGAUAUGCUCCUUCAAAAUGCUAUGGAUUUGAUGUUCAUUGGCCUCCUAAAAUGCUUUGGAUAAAAUGACAACUUGCCAACAACUUUAGAAUGCAGUUGAAAGUUAAAGGAGACCAGAAUUACAAGUUUCAAAGGCACCUUUUAAUAAAGGCAAAUCUCUCUAGGAAAUCAAAAUGACUAAAGAAGUGUACUUAAAAAAGGUCCACUUUUGCUAUCACUUUUUGGUAUCACUGGAGUUGGAGUUACUUGCCCCCUUCCCCAAGGGUGACUUGUUGAGUUCUUGUGACGACACAAUUUGUAGUCUAUCUACCACUGAUUGCAUUACACAGCUGUACAAAACUAGCGUAUUAUCAUGUAAGCAUGAUGAAGGAAUUGCUAUUUCUGUUCAACCAAGAAUUGUGGCCAAGCAGUCCAGGAGAGAAUAUUUAGACCAGCCUGGCCACGUUCACAUGGACAAAUUUUCUUUGAUAAAUUACCUGUGAAAAUUAGAUUUCGCCCGAAUGAAUGAAUGGCGAAUUAAUAGUGAAAUAAUUGUCACAUUAAGUGUAUUUUUCUAAAGAUAUCUGAAUGCUAAUUUUUCACAUCAAGGAAAGUUUGCUCAUGUACUGGACGAGAUUAGUUAGUCAGGGUAAAAAGAAGACCGCAUUUAAUACGUUUGUGUUCGUAUAUGACAAUGUAGAA